AUGUCCGAGUCACAGCGCUCCGCGUGGUCAUCCCGCGCCGACCUUCUCCUACGACCCGUCGAGCGUCCGGUGGGGUACCUGAAGCGCGCCAGCAUCGCGGCCUGGUUUCCCAUCCGCGGCAUCUGGUACUUUUUGCGGAACAAGGAAUUCUACCCGCUAUUCCUCAGCCGCCUUCUGCCACUAUCCAUCAUAUCAUUUCUCGUUUACUUCAUCCUCUUUACAUUUGCGUUCCUCCCACAGUUUGCACUUCUCGCCAUCUUCCACGGAUGGGGCGCCUGGGUCAAUGCGGUGGUGCUGGUGCUGGGAGAGGGUCUCGUGGUGAUUCAGGGUCUCUUUGAGGGAUUCUUCGUCGACGAGUGUCGAGUAGAUGUCUUUGAUGCCACCCUGAUCAAAGAGUCGCAGACAGACCUCGUGGCCCCCCACAGGAUCCUCUUCCCCGAUGCCCCCACCGCGGUCAAGAUGCUCGGCAAGCCGACGACCCCUGCCGCCUUCACUCCAUGGUCUAUGAUCCAAAUCAUCGAGCUGAUAGUCUUCUUACCUCUCAACUUUGUCCCGGUCGUUGGGACCCCUGCCUUCAUCAUCAUCACGGGCACGAGACUGGGCAAGCUGGCGCACUACAGAUGGUUUCACUUGCGAGGGUUGAGCAAGAAAGAAGCCAAGAACGAAAUUCGGGCGAGGACGUGGGAAUAUGUAUGGUUUGGCACGGUUGCGAUGAUUCUGGAGCUGAUUCCGGUGUUGUCUUUCUUCUUUUUGUUGACUACUUCGGCUGGGGCCGGGCUCUGGGCGGCACGAAUUGAAGAUGAGAAGAAGAAGAGAACUGUGGACGCUCUCAUCGGAGAGCCUCUGCCGCCCCCGCCCCCCUACGAGGAUGACCCAGUCUAG